GCCUAUUCAGACAACAUCACCAACAGCUUGGUCUGUGCGUGUGUGUGUGUAUGGGGCCAGAGCAGAGAGCGAGCGAGAGGCAGCGCGCGAGAGGCAGAGAGAGAGCGACACACAGAGAGAGAAGGGAAGGGGGAGGCUCCAUAUUCUUUCACCUACCCCCCGUCAAACCACAGGAAGGAGGGGCCAGACCCUAAGCUGCCAAUCAAAUCCGCUCGUGGCAGCCGGCAUUAUCUCAGCAACAAACUAUUGACAGAUUACAUGUCAAGGAGUUUAGUGCAUGAUUGAAGGAAGCCUUUUUUUAUCAAGUUACUUUUCCGCUUUAUUUCCCCCUCCACCAUCCAACAUUCGAAUGACUUUCUUACAGAGUUGAGUAAUAUUAUGAAAGUUACAUGUCUGAGAGGAUUUAACUUCGACUUCCCUGAAUAUGCUGAAAGGAGUUUAUGCACUGAAACGACCUCAGGAAAAUCCAAGAUGGCCGCCAAAAGGAAAGGUGGCCUAAAACUUAAUGCUAUCUGUGCCAAGCUGAGCCGUUCACAGGUGGUGUUCGACACCAGCUCCCAGAAUGCAGAGGGAGACCAGAGUGUAGCAGAAAACAGCGAGCAUGGCAGUUCGCACUACGAUGACAACGAGACCAUCUUCCCCGAGAGCCUGAACCUCAGUCAGAGUCUCGAGGAGGACCAGAAGAGACGCGAGGCCAUCGAGAAGUGGGUCAACGGCGAAUACGGCGAUGAACCACCAGCUACUCGUGAUGAAGAGGAGCAUGAACCCAAAGUCAGCAAUGACGAAGAUGCCCCUCCCCAGGGCGUGUACAUGGUACGCCCCACAGGCUGCAGCGAUGACGAAGACAAGACAGAGGAGGGGGAGCCCGCGACCGGCUCUCAAGAUGGCAGUUACCAUGACGACAAAGAAGCUGAAGAAAGGCCUCCAAAAGAAACCACCUACAAGCCACCAAGCGAAGCCCAGAGUCGUCCGCCACCUUUCGCCCCCACAGGAGAAGCAUCUGCCCUGCGAGACUAUGCAGCCAACACCAUGAAUGAAUUUUUAGGAAUGUUCGGUUAUAAUGAUCAGCAGGUAAGGGAUGAGCUGACCAAGAAGAUCAGCUUUGAGAAGCUCAAAGCCGCUACCUCAGACCUCUCGCCCCUCAGCAGUGAGGAGGCCUCACGGCGCGCCCGCUUCUCUAAGUACGAAGAGUACAUUCGUAAGCUAAAAGCUGGUGACGCCCUACCUUGGCCCAUGCAUGCUUCCCCACCAAAACCAGACGACCUCAACCCAAAACUGGCCCAAGACAAGAGCGCCACCAUGCUCCAGACCUCUGGGUGCCUCCCAGGGGCCGAGGCACAGAUCUACCCCCCCAGCCUGGACCACAAACAGCCAGGAGGACCUCAGCUCGGCGCCUCUCAGCCACAAAAUCCCUCUCACAUCCAGAGCAUGGCGUCCCGAGCCUCUAAGUAUGACUUCUUUAUUCAGAAGCUGAAGAUGGGUGAAAGUCUACAGCAGCAGAACGGUAAUGCUUACAAGCGACCCUCCAAGUACGACCUGGAGAAUGUCAAGUUUCUGCACCUCUUCAAGCCAGGUGAGGGCAACCCUGACAUGGGCGGCAGCAUUGCCUUUAAGACUUACAAAGUUGGCCGCCCUUCCAAGUAUGACGUCAGAACAAUUCAGAAGCCAAUGCCAGGAAAUCCAGAGGCCUCUUUGAUGCCCAAUGUCCUCGCUACAGCACCAGGAAACCUGGGAGCUCCUGGUGUUCCCACCAUGGGCGCAUCUGGGGCCAGCAUCGCCCCCGGGCUCACAAUGGACCAGACAGGAAACAUAAGCUUCAACGCCGCUGACUACCUGAAGUCCAGCUUUUCCAAGACUGACUCCAUCACCACGGGCACUGUUUCCUCCGUGAAUUGCAUUAGGAAUGGCCUGCCACCCGAUAAACCCGCCAGCGAUGACAUCAACCUCUACCAGAAAUAUAUUGCCAGAGACAAAAACAUCAGGGGAGGGGAGGUAUCUUGUGUUUCAAUGGACACAGAACAAUGUCCCCCAUUCUGGAUUCAUUUCCAGCCGACAGUAGAAAGGUUCUCUGGAAGUCAACACUGUGGACACGUGCACUGUGCCUACCAGUACAGAGAGCAUUACCACUGCAUGGACCCUGAGUGUAACUACCAGGUGAGCAGGUUUACCAGUAAGCAGGAUGUUAUCAGGCACUACAACAUGCACAAGAAGAGGGACAACUCUCUGCAGCAUGGCUUCAUGCGCUUCAGCCCUCUGGACGACUGCAGUGUCUACUACCAUGGCUGCCACCUCAAUGGAAAAAGCACCCAUUACCACUGCAUGCAGGUUGCCUGCAGCAAGGUGUACACCAGCACCUCAGAUGUCAUGACCCAUGAAAACUUCCAUAAAAAGAACGCCCAGCUGAUCAACGACGGCUUCCAGAGAUUUCGUGCCACCGAGGACUGUGGCACAGUUGCGUGUCAAUUCUACGGGCAGAAGACUACACACUUCCACUGCAGGCGCCCAGGAUGCACAUUCACUUUCAAGAACAAGUGUGACAUUGAGAAGCACAAGAGCUACCACAUCAAGGAUGAUGCCUACGCCAAAGAUGGCUUCAAGAAAUUCUAUAAGUAUGAGGAGUGCAAGUACGAUGGCUGCGUGUACAGCAAAGCAACCAACCACUUCCACUGCAUACGCUCAAGCUGCGGCUUCACCUUUACCUCCACUAGCCAGAUGACCUCCCACAAGCGCAAACACGAGCGCCGGCACAUCCGCUCCUCCGGUGUCAUGGGCCUCUCUUCCGCCUACAUGGUGCCAAAGGAUGAGGCCGAAGAAUCGAGCAACGAUGACCUGAUGGACUUCUCCAACAUUAGCAGCAAGAACUCCAGCCUGAGUGCCUCGCCCACCACCCAGCAGUCCACCACUAUGUCGCACUUGUUGGCCAUGCCCACCACCAUUGUCUCUUCCUCCGCUACAUCAGGCCACGCCCUCAAACCCACAUCCUCGCUACCCAGUGCGGGUCAGCGUAUGUCCAGCCUGCUGUCCCAGACCCUGCCCAGCAACAUGCCCGUGGGCCUUUCUCUUUCCAACAGCGGUAUGGCCUCCUCCAACCCGUUCUUCCCCCUCAUACCCAGGAUGCCUCACCAACCACCUCCAGCAGCCGCUAGCCUGAUGUCAGCUGUAACUUCAGGGGCCCACUCCAUGCCCACCGACUCAAUGACCCAAGGUUUCUCCACAGUGGGUGCAGACGGAUCCAUGGCCUCUACCCCAACGUCCUUCACCACCGCCUCCAUCAUGGAGAAGAUCUCGGCUAGCAAAGGUCUGAUCUCUCCCAUGAUGGCCAGACUGGCAGCCGCUGCCCUGAAGCCCUCCAACCACCUCGAUACAGGGAAUGGGCAGUUGGCUUCAGCCAGCCAGUUCAAUCUGGUUCAAGUGAAGCAGGAGCCGAUGGACGUGAACUCUGGGGCCUCCCAGGACUCCACACAGGAGCACAGCCUGGACCUGAGCAAGAAGGACCACAGUAAUGAAUCAAACGGACACCCUGUACCGGGGAAUACAUCUCUUUUAUCCUCGCUUAUGAAUAAGAUGUCACAUGUGAACCCUGCACUGUUCAACGCCAUGAACCUGAAGACGGAGCUGGAGGCAGGCCAGGGCAACCCCUCAGAGGCAGCCUACUAUCUGAACAGAGUGCUGAAGCGACCCAUGCCAGAGAAACCCUCUGAGAUCUGGAGGACAUACCUCCGCAGGUUUGAUACAGACGACUACUGUGAGUCUCAGUGUGACUUCCUUCAGAAAGUUCACUUCCACUGCUUGGUAGAGGACUGUUGUGCACUCUUCAGCACUGUGGAUGGGGCCAUUAAACAUGCUACCUUCCACCUCCGGGCGCAUUUGAAGGUGAAGUCUGAACCUCAGUACGGAGAGGGCAGGGACUCCAGUGAGGGCGCCUCGCUGCCUUCGGCCCCCGUCUCUACAGCCAACAACCCCUCCAUGGAUGUGGCCCACCUCACCUCCUCUGGUGGGUACAGCUCCCCUCCCCCCUCCCUGCUGGCCUGGAAGCAGCUGACCGGCAGCAUCCCUCAGAUGUCGGCCUCCAUGCCCAACCUGCCAGUCAACUCCCCCCUGGCCACCACCUCUCUGGAGAACGCUAAACCUCAAGUCAAACCUGGUUUCCUGCAGUUCCAGGAAAACAUUUCUCUUUUUAAUUCCUCCAGUGAUCCCUGUUUGGCUACUGACUGUAAGUACUCUAACAAGUUCCACUUCCACUGCUUGUUCGGGAAUUGCAAGUAUGUGUGCAAGACGUCCGGCAAGGCCGAGUCCCACUGUUUGGACCACAUCAACCCCAACAACCACCUGAUCAACGUCCGAGACCAGUUUGCCUACUACUCGCUGCAGUGUCUCUGUCCCAACCAGCACUGCGAGUUCAGAAUGAGGGGCCACUACCACUGUCUGCGGACCGGCUGCUUCUUUGUCACCAACAUCACCACCAAGCUGCCGUGGCACGUCAAGAAGCACGAGAAGGCCGAGCGCCGCGCCGCCAACGGCUUCAAAUACUUCACCAAGAGGGAGGAGUGUGGGAGGCUGGGUUGUAAGUAUAACCAAGUUAACAGCCACUUCCACUGCAUCCGCGAUGGCUGCCAGUUCUCCUUCCUGCUCAAGCACCAGAUGACCUCACACGCACGCAAACACAUGAGGCGGAUGCUGGGGAAGAACUUCGACAGAACCCCUUCACAGGUGAUGCCACUCAGUCAGAGGGCAGAUGGAUCCGGCAUGAUGGGAACUCAUCCUGGUAUGAACUCCAGCUUCUCCUCCGGCCUCAUGGAUGAGACUGAUGAUUACAUGGACUACAUGGGAGGUGGGGGCAGCCCACUCGGCCUCUCCUCAGAGUCCUCCAACCAGGACCGGAGCGGCACCAGCACACCUGUAGGCAACGACAGCUCUCCAGCAGGACAAGGCUGGCCCUCCACCACUUCUGCUCCCACCACCCCUGCUGACACUAGAGCUACCCACUACGCACCACCUUCCUCCCCUCCUUAUCCUCCUCCUCUUCCUCCUCACUCCUCUGCCCCUCCGCCUGGCUUCCAGUCCCAGGUCCCGUCCCUCUCCCCCGCUCUCCUCCGACCAUCCAUCUCUCCUCACUCCCAUACCCUCCUCUCUCCAUCCUGUCUGUCAUACUCUCUGCUCAGCGCCUCUCUGGGAGCCACUCGGAGUGUUGUCAUGCCAACCAACACACCAGCUUUCCAGCCCCAUCAUUGCCAACUCCCGUCUCCGGUUAAAAAUGACGUCCCUAUAGUGCAGGAUGCUGCAGGCAACACCAUCUCCAUUCCUACGGCCGCCGGUGCAAAGAAGCGCUUCUGGAUCAUCGAGGACAUGUCUCCAUACGGCAAGCGCCGCAAGACCGCCUCCUCCCGUAAGAUGCUGGAUGAGGGGAUGAUGCUGGAGGGCUUCAGGCGCUACGACCUCUACGAGAACUGCAAGGACCCGGGCUGCCAGUUCUCCCUGAAGGUGACCCACUACCACUGCACCCGCGAGAACUGUGGCUACAAGUUCUGCGGACGCACCCACAUGUACAAGCACGCGCAGCACCACGACCGCGUGGACAACCUGGUGCUGGACGACUUCAAGCGCUUCAAGUCCGCGCUCAGCUGCAACUUCCCUGACUGCCAGUUUUCCGGCAACAGCACCCACUUCCACUGCCUGCGCUGCGGCUUCCGCUGCACCGACAGCACCAAGGUGACGGCCCACCGCAAGCACCACGGCAAGCAGGAUGUGAUCACCGCCGCGGGCUUCUGCCAGUUCAGCUCCAGCGUGGACUGCGAGGUUCCCGACUGCAAAUAUAAGCUCAAGUGCUCGCACUUCCACUGCACCUUCCCUGAGUGUAAGCACACGGUGGUGGGCAUGUCCCAGAUGGACUCCCACAAGAGGAAGCACGAGAAGCAGGAGCGCGGCGACCUGCCCUCGGUGUCGCCCAAACAGGAAGUGCUGCACCACCUGGGAGGAAGUCUGUCGGCCCCUCCCACCUCCAUGAAUCUCUCCACCUCCUCACCGAGCGACUUCCACGCCCUGUCCCGCAGCAUCAACAGCAGCGCGCCCUCCAUGCUGUACCCCACAGGCGGCCUGGGGUCCGAGUACAGCCACAUGUACGCGCCGUCCUCCCUCAGCCUGGACGGCUCCCUCAACCUGAGCACGGACCCCAGCAGCUGCCUCUUCUUCCUGAAGAACGCGGCCGGGCUGGGCCUCAGCGACUCCCUGGACCUCAGCACCAGAAUGCACCACAACGCAGCGCGGUCCAACCAGGCGCCGCCGCCGCCGGGGGGGCCGCCUCAGGACGACACCACGGGAACAUCUGGAGAGGCCGAGGACGACCUGUCGCCAGAGGAGGAGGCGCGUCCGGGGGAGGAGGAGGAGGAGGAGGAGGAUGAGGAGGAGGAGGAAGAGGAGGAGGCCGAGCUUAACACUGACUCUAAUGAUGACUCCAUGGCGGAGGCUGAGGGUGAAAAGGACAAUGGCCAGAGUUCCGAUGCUUCCGUUAACCACACUGAUGCUUCCCGAGUGGGAAAGCAAGAUGUCGACCCGUGAGAGAAGAGACUAGCAGUGACUGUGUGCUAUGAACAAACUAAAUGAAAGUGGCCUCAUUUAUCAUAUUUAGAGACUUCAGAUGACAACAAAAAACAACAACAGCGUGGAGAAGAAUGACGGCCCAAAAUGAUUUAUUAUGAUGUUUACAAGAUGACCAACAUUAUUAAUUCAAUUAUGCAUUAAAAAAAUAUGAACGGAGACACACAGAACUAGGCCCUGGUUUACACGCGGGGCAGCAAUGUAAAGCAUUUUACUACACAUCAGUCUUUUUGUGUGCGUGCAUGUUUGACUUUAAUUUAUUUUAAUUUGUUCACUUUUUUGUGUGUGGUUAAAAGAAAAACUGUUAGAAAAACAAAAACAAAUCUCUCUAUAUAACUAUAUAUGUGUGUGUGUGUGAACGAUGAUAUACAAAAGGAAAUUGCUGGCACAGGCGACUGCAGGGCCGAGGAGACAGACAAAGGGACGUGAAUCACUAAGGGGAAGCAGGAUGCGUUCAAACAUUUGAUCUUUCUUUCUGUAUUAAUAUUAUUAUUAAUUAUUCUGAGACACUGAGAGAACGGGGAGUCGCUCUUCGCUCGUCCCCGUCUCUCUCGGAUGUUGUCCGUGUUCUCGAUGACCUGUGGAAUUGACCAGUAAAUAUUUGGUCAGUGGGGCGGUCUCAACAGUUCUCUGACAUUCUGCUAGCAGCGUUCCACUAGCACCCAACCCAAGCUCAGCCCUUUGUAAUUUUACCCCCCUGCGGAGGAAUCAAGUUUGUGUGUGGAUAGUGCACUUUUAUAUUAGCUGAUUACGAUGAUAACUCAUAAGCAUAUUUAAAAAUAUUUUUGUUACCAUUUGCAUCUUUGCAUUACAAUGUCGUUUUGUUGUGUUGUUAGUCAGAAGCAUAUCGAUCUGUGAGCAGGCGAGGUCGUGAUUAACGGCAGGAGAGCCAGGAUGUGUGGGGGGGGGGGGGGGGGGGGGGGGUCGGACUGACCACAGGAAAAGAUGAGUCACUCAGAUGCAGAGCGAGGGGAGUGUGUUUUAUGUUGAAAUUUGACAGACCGAAAAUGUCUCAGCGGCAUUGUUUCCAUUCACUUCGGCUGCGGUUGAGCUCCUGUUGUAACGGUUUUUAUUUAAUAUUUAUGUGACCUUCCAAUGAGAAAUUUUAGGGUGUUAAUGCACUUUUUAGGUUCAUUUUUACCGUCUGAAAAAAAAUGAUAUAUAUCUUUUAACAGGGAAUUUUGCUUUAAAGAUGUUGUUUUAGUUCACUUUUGCUUUAAUGCACAAAUAGAUGUUAGUGUGACAAAGAACUGUUGUUCUGUGAUUUAUUUAAAGACUGGCUUUUUCUUUUUUCUUUUUUUUUGCUUCUGUGAUCCGACAGUUUGAAAAAAAAAAAAAAAGGAAAUGGGUGCAUCAGAAAGAAGGUGCCCUGACGAGAAACACUAAUACGGACUGUGAUUUGAAAUGAACUCUUAAGACGUUCAUGGCGAUGCUCACUUACUGUAGAACUAAAUUAUAAAUAUGUCAAAGCCAUCCUCUGGUUUAUAUUGAGCGAAUAUGUUCGACCAAGAAGUGGACACACUGAUUAAGAAUGAUCUGCUGAGCUUGGCAUUGGAAAGAAACCUUCAUAAUAUAGGGAAUAAAUAUGUGUGUAGAUGAUGUUCCUCCAGAUAUUGUUUUGAGAAGAAAAAAAAAGGUUGUACAGUAUUUUCCUCUGUAAAAAAUAACUAUAUAUGAACAAAAUGCUCUUUGAUGAACAGCUUCCUUUCAAAAGAAAACCGUUAAGAGGAGAAAUGAAUAAUAAAAAGUAAAAAAAUUCAAAUAGCCUCAUCAUAGUUUGCUUGUGUGCGUGACCUUUUUUAAUUACCCCAGACUUUUUGGGGGAAAGUUGUGCAUACUGUAGCAUUGGCAGAUUCCGUUAUGUUUGCAGUAUUCAUUGUUUUCUUUUUCCAAACUAUGUCAGAAGCUCAAACUAAAAUACACUGAUUUGAAUUAA